GUGAGGCCGCUGAAUGAGGCCGCCCGGACGCACAUGAUGGAGGAGGCUGCCAGCCAACUCGAGAGGGAACACGUGCACAGCGUCUACGACAAGAUCGCUCCGUAUUUCAACGACAGCCGCUACAAGGCCUGGCCCAAAGUGCGGCAGUUCCUGCUGGACCUGCAGCCGGGAAGCAUCGUGGCCGACAUCGGUUGUGGCAAUGGCAAGUAUCUCCACAUCAACCAGGAGGUGUUCAAGCUGGGGUGUGACGUGUGUCGCCCCCUGGUGGACGCUGCCUGGAGCCAAGGACACGAGGUGCAGAUGUGCGACGGGCUGCACUUGCCUUACAGAGACGGCUGCUUCGACGCCGUGCUCUCUAUCGCAGUCAUCCAUCACCUGUCCACCAAAGAGCGGCGUAUUCGAGCAAUAAGGGAGAUGGCCCGCACCCUGCGAGUGGGCGGACGCAUCAUGAUCUACGUGUGGGCCAUGGAGCAGAAGCGUCGUAAAUUUGAGAAGCAGGACAUCUUUGUGCCGUGGAACCCCAACCCUCAAGGUCCCGUCAAGUCCAGGAGGAGGGCCACGGCACAGAGUGUGAGCGAAGCCAUAGACAACGCCGACAAGCACAGGAAGGUUAGAAGCACAUCCUCCGUGGCGGACGAGGAAGACCUGACCAGCGCCACGCCGCAGCAGAGGACGCAGAGACUGUGGUUCUUCUCCCGGUCUCUGGACUCCGUGUUCGACUUUGGGAGUUUAACCCUCUCCCGCUCGUCCUCCAGGGAGCUGAGCACUUUGUCCUCGCCCACGGGAGAGAACGAGGGGACCAAGGCCACGCAGCGCGGGAGAGGGCGCGGCCUCAUCAAGCAGGUGUCCAGCUUCUUCUAUCCUUCUGUGAUCGGAUCGGAGGAGGACGUCUUCGACCCGGUCACAGACCUGCACAAGGCCCCACACGAUCGGGGAGGCAACAACAACAACAACACGCCCAGCAAUGCCGGCCCAGACCACCAGAGUGUCUCGUUGUCUCUAGCCCAGGAGUGUGGCUCCCUGGCCCUGCCGGACCUGGUGCCUUUCCAGAGGACACAUCUCAAACAGUCUGGAGACGAGGACAAAGGAGGGCCAGCAGGGAAAGAACAGCAGGGAAGCACACAGAGUCCUCAGGGGAGCGAGGGACAGCUGGAGGGCUCCUGUCUGAGGUACUACCACGUCUUCAGGGAGGGAGAACUGGCCGCGCUGAUAGAGAACCACGUGGAGGAGCUCCACGUCACACACACUUACUUCGAUCACGCCAACUGGUGUGUGGUGGCCGAGAAGGUCCAGUUGUGGAAAAUAUGAUUUCUAACCCGUUCGAUUUUUUACUUUGCAUCAACUCUGCCUCAAGUUUUAAUAUUGAAGCACACAUUUUAUGAUUAUUAGAACGUUUUAACUGGAAAAGGUGUCGAAGUGCAGAUGUAGCCAUUGUUGAAGACACAAUGGCAAUCACUGUGUACUAUACCAUGUUUUUUUAAUUUAUUAUUAGGUAUUUAUUAAAUUUCAAUAAUUGAAACCAACAAGCAGUAUCCAUGUAUCCAGUGUACGCUCCCUUUUAAUGUCAAUCAGAUUUUAUCAUCUUCCCAAAGCACUUUCCAGGAUUUUAACCUUUUAAAAAAGGGGAUUUCUUCAGUGGAGAUGUUAUGAAACGCACAGUUUUUUACUCUUUGGACUAAAUAGUAGCCAAAGGGGAAUUUGUGAGGCCACAGCUGGGGUGGGGGGGAACCUUCUCCUAUCAAGAUUUAUCUCAGUUUUUAAAACACUCUUCAAGCCCCAGAGGUGUCCUACAUUCCUAUAUACACUACAUACGCUCACUGUUGUUUUGUCAGGGACAUCAGCUGCUUCCAUAAUAAAAGGAAGGGGAGGGGGGGCACUCUUUUGUUUACUUUUCAAGUAUGGAAAAUUCACAGCAAAAUGCCCGAAGGAGUUGUGCUCCUCACUCACCAGCAUAUUCAGACCAAACACCGGGCGCUUGUAGGAGGGAGGAGGAACGUGUUCAGUUGUGUGUUGGACUUUUUCAUUCCUGUCACACUGAGUUGCCUUUUUUCUUUAACUAAAUGUGAUUUGUCCAUUUCUAAUAGAAAGCAGUCAGGUAUGACACAUAACAACUACCCUAUGUGUUUCAUUCAGCCUGGAGGAUAUGUCAGUCUCCUAAUUUUACAUUGUUUUCUGUUAUUGCAGAAAAACUAUCCCACAGGCCGGAGGUUCCCCAUCCCCCCCCUGCACCACUGUACACUCUUCCAUUCCUGUUUUAAAGGUUCAGUGUGUAGGAUUUUGGUGACAUCUAGUGGUGAAUAGGCAUACUGCAACCAACUGAAUGCCUCCCACCCCCGGGCCUCACCCUCAAGUUCCAAGAAUGUGUAGGAGAACCGACACUGUGGCCUUCAGGUUACACGAAAACAUGAUCAAUCCUCCAGAGUCAGUGUUUGGUUUGGUUGUUUGGGGCGACUGUAGAAGAAAACAGGAUUAGUAUUUUCCAUAUCCAGAUCCCCCGGAAUCUUUCACACUGAACCUUUAAUGCGUUGACUUAAGUGGAUUUUGUUCUAACUCCGUGUGUCUGCCUGUCUUACAAUUGCACGUUCCUUAACCAAGAAUCAUUCUUUUGUACAUUUGGGUGGAGAACAGCUCGUGUAUCAUAAACACUAAUAUACAGUAAAACAAGCUCAUUGUCGUGGAGAGCAUCUUCCGAAAACAUAAAUUAGCUCGUGUUUUGAAGAACGUGUUGCCAACGUGUGUGCUCAAUGUCGAUAUUUGUGAAAGUUGUGUUUCGUCUUGUAAUAAGCUGAAUACGCCACGAGUGUGUGUGUUUCAGCGAAUCGACUGCCUCCUAUACUGUGAAUAAUCAUUGCACUGUUCCACCAGUGUGUCGCUGCUUGGUGUCGCUGAAUGACAGAUUGAGGUGAAACUUGAAACCUGCUGGUUCUCUGUCUCCAUCGUGCCAAGGACAGUGCAUAUGUGCGUCAGUACAGUGUGUGUGUGUGUGUGUGGACCAACCGUGUUUGCUCUGAGGGGACACUGGUACGAUACUGUCUCAUGUGACCUGGUGUAAAAUGCCUCUUCAGUUGAAUUGUCCUUAUUAAAUACUUUCAUUCAUCA